CACAAAUGUUGUACUUCUUUUUCAUUCGUUUGAAUUUGUAUCGAUGUUUUGCAAAAUCAGGUAUUCUACUAAAACUCCAGGACAACUAAUAGGAUAAUGGACUGUGAGAAGACAAGUCUUCAUCAGGCGGUUCGCUCGGGCGAUAUUAGGCUCGUUAACGAGGUUCUGCAAAGGGAUCCGUCUAGUGUCUACGAUCGGAAUUCUGCGUAUGAAACACCCUUGCACCUGGCAUACAAUCACGUUAACCACAAAAAACCUGAACAACCGAACAACGGCCUGCCAAUACUCAAACUGCUUGUUGACCACGGAGCAGAUGUCAAUGCACUGGGGGGAGGAAUGUUCGCAUCGGCGCUGCACAUGGCAGUUGCAAGGAAACAGGUCGACGGUGUGAAGUUCCUUUUGGAAAGUAGAGCUGAUCCGAACAUCAUAGACGAAAAUAAUUGUACAGCAAUGCACCUUGCAGUGGAUGAAAGCAGCGAAGAUAUCAUACAAGUAUUGUUAGAUUAUAAAGCAGACCCAAACAUUAUUGAUUGUAAUGGCCUAUCACCGCUUGAUAGAGCAAUUACCAGCUGCAACAAGAAUUGUGCAACAAAACUAUUAGAAUCUGGUGCAAAGAGCAACAACAUAUACAAAACUCUGCUGGAAAUUUGUAUCAAACACUCGGAACAGCCUGACAGUCUAAAAUACAAAUCGUUUAUUGAGCAUAUACUUGAAUAUGCUGGAAAACUAGAUGUUCACUUCUCGCUCAAAGCUAUAAUGUAUUAUGCAGAAUCAAAAAAUCACGACCAGUAUCAUAAAGACGAAAAAAAGUGUUUUUUCUCCGAGUUAGUGCACAAGCAAGGUACGAAUAAAAAUGAUGCCAUUAGUGAAUCGGAAUUACACCUAGCUGUUCGUGGUGGCGAGGAUGCAAAGAUCGAAGCUCUCUUGCAGGAAGGAGCAGACGUUAACGUCAAAAAUUUAUUUGGCGAAACACCCUUGCAUUUGUUGCUAAAAAAUGGAAUUUCUUACUUUUCAUUUGACAGUGAACGAUUCAACAAAACCGCUUAUCUUCUUAUUGAACGUGGAAGUAAUUUACGUGCUCGUAAUUAUAUGAAUGAAACACCAUUUUUCUUGGCAGUAUGUGACGAAAUGACCAAUAAAAAAAUAGUUAACUUGAUGCUGGCAAAAAUGACAGGAUUAGAUGAAAAAACACUCAUUGAUCCAUAUUUGAGAAGAGGUUCUGGACUGUAUAUUUCAUGUGACGUUAAAAAGCCUGAACUGCAUGAACUUAUCAUUGCUAGCGAGAGGGGUUAUGAGAAAGUUAUUGAUCGCUUGCUUGACAUGGAUCGAAUCGACGAGGGUCUUACAGCAUUAUAA